UGUACCUUGUGGCUGUACGGAUUAGUCAAGACUCGAUGGAGUGGAACUCACUGCGCUCAGAAAUCAAGGCAUGUUAACGUGAGUGGCUCGGUAGCCGGUGGCAUACCAUUCUUACGUUCAGCAACCAACUUGUCCUUAUUCGGCGAAUCCAAGACUUUAGAAAACAUGUGUGCCAAUACGGCGGCCGUUUUGAACACCGUCGCGGACAAUGUGCGUUCCGAGGUUUGUCAGAAACUUGGUCAAAUGCGAAAGGGGAGGUUGUGUUACGCAGGUACUUUGGACUGUACCCCAUGGGAGUUACAGCCGGCACCGUCGAACAGGAGAUCAAUUGACUGGCCGACGGAUCUACCGCCCACAACCAACACACAAAUGUCUUCGUGUACUUCAACCACGGACACACUGGCCGCAUCCUUGGAACAAAGCAGUAAUAACAGUGGGGCAAGUGCGGAGGGUAAGUAUCCCGAUCGAACCACAGACCCCAGUGCACGGGAGCUAAGACCUUCAAGUCAAAUAUUGUGUAGACCUUGCGUAGACACUUGCUGGCCAAGCGCUUUCGGCGUGAAGUGGAGGAGCUUGGCGGAUGUGGACCAGGAAGAUAAGACUCUGUGUGGUGAUGUCAAGGUCAUUUAUCGCACCAAGCUAAGUCUACUCAGUGGACACUCUGUUCACAGGCAGAAAGAUAGCAUCGGGGACAGAUCGGCUAGUGAGGAAACUGGAAGUAAUUCAACAGACACGGAUCACCGAAGAGGAGUCCUAAGCGGGGAAUCUGCUGAACUGUACUCUGCAGAGCCUACAGCUGGGAGAACCGCACAAGUUCAAGGUCAAAGUUCACAUUCCACAGAUGAUGACGGGGCAACAAACCUGUCGAAACCCCGCAGACGUGGUUCAGCUUCCCCGUACAUUCUGACUCGUGGCACGCACGUUUUUUAUUUUGAAUUCAAACUGCCUACAGAUUUGCCAAGUUCGUUUGAGCUACCAACCGGCUGCCUGGUUGGUGGGGCUGCAGCCCGUCUGUAUUAUGGACUUCGCAUUGAAAUUUGCAACAAAGCGGCACAAAUCAGACACACACAACACCGAGAAAUUAUUGUCUUUCGACCGCUGGAAUUAACACAUUUUCCACGUCUA